AUGGUGACUUAUUGGACGAUGCGAGGUGUAGGUAGCAGUCUAGGAGCAGCAGCAGCAGUAACAUGGGUGCCGCGGCACGCACGCCAGCAACGCCAGCGGCGUGUAGCUUACUGCCAGCAGCAGAAGGGCAACGGUAGUGGAGGGGAGAAGGACAGGAAGAAGGGCAACGGUGGUGGAGGGGAGAAGGAGAGCAUUCAAAAUUUCGAGGUCCUGAUCGGCGACUGCCUGUGCCUGCUGUGUUUUGCGCUGUACAAGCAGAUCACAGCUCUUAUCUUCCUUCCAAGUUUCCCAGGGUGGCUUGCGCCGCUGGCCUUCAAUCCCGUGCGUUUUUUGGAGUUUUUCAGCUUUGCUGUCACUCUGAUCGGCACCUGGGUUGCCUCGGGCAUGCUCACUGGCGGCUACCGGUUUGCCGCCACGGCAGAUGUGCAGGCGGCGCUGCGCCGCACCUGCUUCAUGUGGCUCAUCAGCAUGCCAGUCGCCGCGGCUCAGCUGGUGCUGCUGACGGCAGCCGAGGGCGAGGCGCUGGUUGGCGACGAAGGCUUUGCUUCCAAGCUGCCCCUGGCGGCCACCGGGGCUGGCGAGCCCUUUGUCACGGCAGCGGGCGUGCUUGGCCUCAUGCUCGUGUGGCGCACCUUCUACGCCAGCUAUCUCGACAUGUACAGCUUCCGCAGCAGCACCGCGGCGCGGCGAGACCGGGGGCGCGACAUGGAGGAGUUUGCCGACUCGCUGCGCAGCGCCAUGCUGCUGUCGCUGGCCUGCUGCGCCGUGCUGCAGUUCCUGGGGGGGCUGGUGGGGGAGGAGCAGCUGGAGAUGAUGGCGGCCGGGCUGCUGGCCCACGCCUCGUUGACCGGCGGCGCGCCGUGA